CACCGUGAAGGAAGGCGCGAACGGCAAUCGGCUUUAAUUUCUUGACGCCAUUAUGUGAUUUUGAACCAGUAUUCUUUCUUUUUCUACGGAAGAAUAACAAUCGAUUCGAUUGAUCAAGUUAAACAUAUACAAAAGUAAAUUUCAAUACCACGUAUAUAUUUUCCGUUUUAAGAUGAAUAUUCGCCACAAAGAUCAGAUACGUCGCAUUUGAAUGUACGAUCACUUAAAUAAUUUGAUCCGAUUGUUUCAGCGUCUCACAAAUGGAUGGAUUAAUCUGUAACAAGUGCUUCACUCCAAUGUACAGAGGGAAGCAGCCAUACAGCAUCACGCAGUGUGGUCACGUCUGCUGCCAGAAUUGUUUGCAGCGCGGUAAAACUAGUAUUGAGAAACAGUGCCCGCAAUGCGAGCGCGUCGACACCGUGUCGUUGCCGCUGACGGAGCCGUUGCUACCGAAGCUGGCCCCGUACUUUCAGCCGUUCGCCGAGAGUCUAGAAAUGCUUUUAAAAGUGGAAAUGUUCCGCAACACCCAGAUGAAGAUAUUGAUGCAACGCUUUCAUGAUCUUGACAAGAAAUAUGAGGUACUGAAGACCCGAUACUGGACGAAAUGUCGCAAUCUGCAAACGUUAACGGAGAAAUAUAUAAAUUUGAAGGCCGAGAAGGAGAAAUCUGAUAAAAAGUUACGGUUCUCCGAAAUACAGAGAAAAACUCCGCAAUCCUCGUACCGCAUCAUGUCGACACCUACGGAUUCCGGUAUUUCUGAAUUACCGUCGAGCGCAGGAUAUUCUUUGAAGUCGGAAUUUUUGAGACCUACCAAUGUAACAUCCAUGCAAUCGACUGAUCAGAAUACAGCAUAUAGAACUGUUGAUGGUUUUCUUGUACCCGUUAAAUAUAAUCAUUAUAAAUCUUUAAAACCCAAUUUCCUAAAUAUGUCUUAAAUUUCAUAGGACAAACUUUUUUCUUUGUUUAUUCUUUUCUCAUAUUAUCUCGAGUUCGUCGUAUCAUCUUAUUUAAUAAACGAAAGUACAGAUUUCACUCGUAAUUAACAAGCGAUAAUCUCAUCGAAUAUCACAAAAUAUAAAACAUAUGACGCAUUAUAAAAACGCGUUUUUAUUAUUCAGUUUUGAUAAAGAUCAUUUUAUGUUUUAAUUUAACGAGUCAGAAUAUGAACUUUAGUUGUAAUAAAGAACGACGAUCUUGUCAAAUGUCGUACGAGAAAAACAUGAAUUGUUUUCAUUAUUCAAUUCUAAUGAAGAUUAUGUAUUAUGUAAACUUUUAGUU